UUCUUUCUCUCUUGCGAUGAAGGGUGCCUUGGGGAUCGCACCGAAGCGAUUGUCGACACAUCGGUUUCAACAAAUUCCUGACCUCCCACAAGACGCCAUGUCGAAUCCGAACGACGUGACGAUUGAUAUCCCUCUCACCGAAACGACCAGUCGCGGUCAGAACGGGGCCCGGAAAUGGGGCUCGCACGCUGGCUCAACGGUGCCUAUCAAUGGUCUCGAGAGUGACGAGAAGGAUGGUUUGAAGGGCCCCGGCCGUCGUCGUCGCCAUCAUCAUGAUACAGAUAUCACUGAGGCCACGGGGAAACCUUCUGAGUCGCCGGAGGAUGGUUCAAUCAAUCGCAUGGGCCGUAUCUACCAGGCUAUCUACAACUUUUCUAUUGUCACUCGUUACAUGAUUUACGUCGUUCCUAUUGGCGUGUUAUUUGCAAUUCCGAUUAUUGUCGGCGCGACAGUGGCGCCGGAUGCGAAGAUUGGUGGUGUGCAUAUCUAUUGGUUUUUUACUUGGAUUGAGGUCGUUUGGGUGAGCUUGUGGGUGUGCAAGAUCUUUGCCAAGUUUAUUCCCUACGUGUUUCAGUUCUUGUGUGGUAUUGUUAGCUCGGGUACACGCAAGUAUGCGCUUAUCCUGCGGGCUUUGGAGACUCCGAUUACGAUUGUGUUGUGGUCGGUUGUCUCCUUGGUUACUUUCCUGCCGAUCAUGACUCUGAAUCCCAGCAAGCAAGACAGCGAGGACACCAGUGUCAAGUCCUGGGAGAAGAGCGUCAAGAACAUUCUCUUCGCCCUGCUCGUCUGCAGUCUCAUUUUCCUCGGUGAAAAAGCUCUCGUUCAGCUCAUCUCCAUCAGUUACCACCGCAAGCAAUUCGAUGCCAAGAUCAAGCAGUCCAAGCACAAUGUCUUCCUGGUUGGUCUCCUCUUCGAGGCCUCCCGCAACAUGUUCCCCAUGUACUGCCCCGAGUUCAAGGACGAGGACGCCAUAAUCUUCGACUCGCUCCUGGCCCAGUCUAAUGGCAAGGUUAGCAAGCGCAGCUCUAUCAUGCCCCUGCGUAUGAUGCAGCAGGUUGGUCGCCAGGUCGGUCACAAUGUCGGCCGGAUUGGUGACAAGGUGACUGCGGCCUUUGGUAAUGUUGCCUCGGAGCUUACUGGAAAGCAAGUGUUUAACCCGCAAGCCACUCACUCAAUUGUUGUUGAAGCACUCGAGCGCAAGCGAUGUGCCGCGGCGCUGGCUCGCCGUAUCUGGAUGUCGUUUGUGGUCGAGGGCCGUGAUGCGCUCUUCCUAGAGGAUAUUGUGGAAGUUCUGGGUCCUGACCAUGAGGCCGAAGCUGAAGAGUGCUUUGCUGCUUUGGACAAGGAUGGCAAUGGCGACGUCAGUCUGGAUGAGAUGAUCCUCACGAUUAGCGAGUUCGGUCGUAUGCGCAAGUCGCUGAACCACAGCAUGCACGAUGUCGACCAGGCCAUCCACGUUCUGGAUAACCUGCUGCUCUCUGUCGCCUUCGUGGUCGGUGUCUUGGUAUUUGUUUCAUUCGUUACUACUGGUUUCGGCACCGUCAUCGCUGCCGGCGCUACUUCCCUGCUCUCGCUGAGUUUCGUCUUCUCGACUACCGCCCAGGAAGUCCUGGGUUCUUGCAUUUUCCUAUUCGUCAAGCACCCCUUCGAUAUCGGUGACCGUGUCGAUAUCAGUGAUAAGUCUUACAUCGUCGAGCGUAUUUCCCUACUGUUCAGUGUCUUCCGCGCUGUUGGUGAUCACCGCAUGACCCAGGUGCCCAACAACAUUCUGAACAGUUUGUGGAUUGAUAACUUUACCCGUGCCAAUGCCAUGCAUGAGCAACUUACUGUAUCUGUGAGCUUUGAUACCAGCUUCGCUGAGAUCCAGGCCCUGCGUGAGGAGAUGGAGACCUUCGUCCGUGAUCCGGCCAACAGCCGUGAUUUCCAGCCUGACCUUGAUAUCGAGGUUGUCGGCGUGGGUGACAUGGACAAGCUCGAGCUCCAUGUUGAUAUUCGUCACAAGUCUAAUUGGUCCAAUGAGACUGUCCGUGCUGCCCGUCGCUCCAAGUUCAUGUGUGCUCUUGUCCUGGCUAUGCGCAAGGUCCCUAUCCGGGCUCCUGGUGCCGCAGCUCCCGAGGAAGAGUCCAAGGAUGACGGUGAUGACAAGGACGGUGCUGAUGGUGCUCCUGGUGCUGGUGACAACAAGCCAGCUCACGCCGGCGCUGGUGCUGGUGCAGAUGGCAAAGCUGGCGGUCUCACCCCAGCUGCCGCCGCUGCUGCUAGCGGUAUGAUGAACUACGAGGCGCAAACCACCGGCUUCGAGCAGAACCGUUCCUCCGGCUCCGUCACCCACCGCGGCUCCAUGGCCGCCACCCAGCGCGAAGCCGCCAUCGCAGACCCCGUCGACCCCGGCCGCGAUACCAAUGACGAUCUCUACCGCACCACAACCAACACCUCCAACCAAGGCAAACAGCUAAGCGUCUACGACGGCAACACCGGUGUCUCACGCGGCCUCUCAACCGGCCACCGCAAAGCCGGCCUACGAGCCUCCUACCACGACGAAGACACAAUGCACCCGCCCCUCUCCCCCGUCGCAGCAGGCAUGACCCCCUCACACAGCGGCGUGCCAAUCCUCAACACCCCUGCUCCCCCAGGCUCCCGCGGUAGCACACGUUACGAGCCACCCACCACGCACGCACCCACCUCCCAACCCCAACCGGGUGCCCACCAAAUCGGCUCCUUCGCCCAGUCCUACUACGGCCACGAGGGCGCCUAUGAUUCCGUGCCCCUGAACGGAAUCACGCCUGAUCGCGCGACUGCUUCGUCAAGUCAGUAUGAUGUCCCGGAUCGGUACGACCCCGUCUCCCCGCCAUCUAUCUACUCGCCCCCGCAGCCGCAGGCGCCUGCGCCGGCGUUUAGGACUGGUAGGAAGAAUCCGUAUGGUGGUGAGCAUGAAGCUUGA